AUGAGUGUGCAAGCUUUGUUCGAGCAUCUUCUCACCAACCCCAUCCUUUUCAUUUACCAAGUCUAUCAAUGGCUGCUUGACAGGCUCCUCUCGCCUGCACCUCCACCUCCCAAGUCAGAGCAGCUUUUGGACAGGCCAAAGAUCGCAGUCAUUGGUGCCGGCCUGACUGGCGUCUCCGCCGCUUCCCACUGUGUUGGCCAUGGCUUUGAGACUACCAUCUUCGAGGCUGGUGGUCGGAAUUCCCUUGGUGGAAUAUGGGCUAAAGUAAACAACACAUCCGGCCUCCAGAUUCACAGUAUUAUGUACCGCUUCCACCCCUCCAUAAAGUGGAGCAAAGGCUACCCCGACCGCCAGCAGAUCGUCAGUCAGAUCACGCAGCUCUGGAGGCGCUACAGCCUCGAAGACCGCACCAAGUUCAACACCAAAGUCACCAAGGUCUUCAAAGACCGCCAGGGCAGAUGGAUCGUCAACGACCCUUCGAACGGCCGUUUCGACGGCAUCAUCGCCGCCGUCGGCACCUGCGGCGAUCCCAAGAUGCCUCACAUUCCGGGCCAGGAGAAGUUCCAAGGCGAGAUCUGCCACUCCUCCCAGCUCGACGGCAAGCAGGCCAAAGACAAGAAAGUGAUCGUGAUCGGCGGCGGUGCAUCCGCGGUCGAAGCGCUUGAAUUCGUCGCCGCCGAAGACGCGGCACAGACCUCCAUCCUCGCGCGCUCCGAGAAGUGGAUCAUCCCGCGGAACCCCUUGGUCGAUGCGCUGCUCUCUCUCAACGUCUUCGGGCAGGAGACGCUCCUGUCCUGGAUCCCAGAGGGCCUCCUCCGUCUGUUCUUCUACCGCGACCUCGCUGAUCUCGCCCCACCGCCUGGCAGCAAAGGCAUCUUCACUGACACGCCGAUGGUCAACGACGACGUCUUCAGACUCGUUCGCGCGGGCAAGGCGAAGUGGCUCCGCGGCGACAUCCUCGGCUUCGAGGAGCACGGCGUGCGCUUCAACCGCCGCGCCCAAGGCGUGCCCAAGGGCGGACCUGGCCGCGAGGAGUUCAUCGAGGGUGAUGUGUGCAUCAUGGCGACGGGCUACACGCGGCCCUCGCUUUCGUUCCUUCCGGAUGAGUGCUUCGAGGAGGGUUACGAGCCCCCGAAUUGGUACCUCCAGGUCUUCCCACCGGCUCAUGUUGAUGUCUGCGCGAACAACUGCACGUAUGUCAAUGCGAUUGGGACGGUUGGGAACUACCAUAUUGGCAUCUAUACGAGAUUCCUGCUGGUGUUCCUUGUUGAUCCGCUGGCGAGGCCGCAGCGGUGGUGGAUGAAGCGGUGGAUCGACAUGACUAGGUUCCUUAAAUCCAAGGCACCGGGUGGUGCGUUCGACUUCUUUACGUAUGGCGAACUGCUAUACUGGUUCGUCUUCAUCAUCGUUAUCAACCCCUUCAGGUGGAAGUGGGCGCUCUUCGUGCUGUUUGGCAUCGGAGAGGCGCUGCCGAUGAGGAUCGUGCAGCGGGAGAAUAGGCUGAGGAACGGAACAGGUAUGAAGCAGCUUUAA